AUGCCCGGCCAAUCCACUGGGAUGCGGGCCCAGAAUCCAGGGACCACUUCCGUAGUCACGCGUACCAGCCCGAAAAGCAUCGCACUGAUUUAUUCCGAAUACGUGAAACUGAGGCGGCGCGCCCAGAUUCUGGCCGCGCUGGUGCAGCAAGGCGUGGCUUCCUAUCCCCACAGAGGCGGCGAUUCGUUGCUUGAGAUCCCGGGGAGUGCUGCGGCUGCCGGCCACCUCCCAUCGAAACUCAACGAGCUCCAAACGUCUAACAUUGCCGACCGCCCUCAGUCCACCACCCGCGAAUUUCACGCUGCCCGCUGGAAGCGGGCCAAAUGCAAAUGGCGGCGCAAGAAUCCCGCACAGACGAUUCUCUUCCUCUCUCCCGCUCCAUUCGCGAACAUUCGUACCCCCUACAUUACCCCAAAUACGACCGACCCCACCGCUAUCCACAAUUUCUGCGCGCAAGGAUGCGAAGCGCCCAACUCCACUUCGACCACGACGGCCUCAGGAACGCCGCUCACUGCGCUGCGGGCUCCAGGGGGUUGGCCACUAAACCCACACAUGCGGCAUAUUGGCGUACGCUUCCUGAUCGCCGUGGAUCUCUUCCUCGUAGUGGCGCGGUGGAGCCCAAUUCAUCGUGGAGUGCAGAUAAGCGCUCGUUGGGUGGAGCUGCGGCGCUGGUGGGCUAUAAUUGUUUUUAUUGCAGUUCGGAUUGAUCGCUGUGGCGCGUACGUUUGCCGUCGAUACACAGACCCGCAGGCGUAUGCGGAGCAGGGGGGAGAGGGUGGGGGGCGGCGGCCUUCGACUGCCGAGGCCUGA